UCCCCCACCUCUGCCUGUAUGGGUCCUCACAGAGGCUAGUGACAAGAGCAAGAUGUUUCUGUUGGGUAGUGAAACCCAGUCGGAUUGGAGUAUUGAGAAUUGGGCCAUGUUACGUUCCAACCAGACUGAAAAGAUUCCCGAUAAAAGACAUGAUGGAGAAUUUCGAGUCUCUAUUUGAUGUGAAGUCAGGUUAUAAGAGAUCCAGCAGUGUUUGCUGUGUAUACGAUAUCAAAGAUCAGCGAGGAAUGGUAAAGAAUUCCAAGUGUUACCUGGAGGCUAGAUGGCAGAGACCAUCGUAUGAGGUUCCCACGUCUCAAGUUGACACUGUUCUGAUAGUGGAGUGUAAAGUGGGACAGGAGGAGUCUCAGAUCUCGAAGUGGUGGAGGCAACUGACACUGCUGCUGGGUUAUAUAGAUAUCAUCAAACAAUGGAGGCAGACUCAGCAAGUGCGGCACAUAUAUCAGAGCAACAGCAUCAAACUGCCGUCAUUUUCAUCGAAGGAGGCAACGGAUAAUGCAGUGCCUCUGACCAGCCUUGUACAAGAUCUCCUGCAGAAGUCUGACAGCAUGUCCGUGUGUAGGCAAGUGGCCUCUCCUUAUUUCACAUCCUCUGCUCUCAACAACACCAUACACGAUCUUCUCACCGACAAGAAGAAGGGUCAGGACUUUACAGAUCGUCUCUGGAGCGUGCUGAUAGAAGCUGAAAGUUAUGAAGAGCUUGUGGAGUGUUUCAGGAUUGUUUUUAGGGAAGUUAGAAAACAGUCUGUGAAACCAUUUAUAUUCCAAAAAAACAAGACGAGACUGGCGAGUCUGCUGCAGGGGACCAAGGGGUUCAGUUCACACCUGGAGCUGCACAUGGAACCUCUGGAGCUUAUGGUAGAACUGGGAAUCGAGAAGCUAAAGCGAGAUUAUAUGUACAUGUUCAUGGCGUCUCAGAUUGCGGACAUAAAGGAUCUCAAUCUGCCCAAUCUACCGAGUUUCAGUGAAGUGAUUGACAGUGAGUGGCAAGUGACAGUGGAAACCUGGUUGCAGUGGCUCUCGCAGAUACACACUGUCCUGGAGCUGAUGUCUGUGAUACACGAGGUCUUGAGCACCCCAAUUCUGGUGGAAGUGACGAGGCUGGCGUUGUCCAAGUUUGUAUGUGCCGACUCGCCAGUACUCUCACUGCAACACCUGACAAACAACCGAGUGUACAGUCUGCGAGCGCCUGUCAUCACCAAGGAGGUUGCCAACUUCAUUGAGGGGGAUAAAAUAUUUCACAAGUGGAUGAUGCAACUGGUAGCCACAUCAGAUUUCCACAGGGUGUCCUCCACAUAUGUUUUGCUGGAGCAUUCCCCCCUCCCUAAGAAGAUCUUGGAACUUGUGGGCUCUGAAUCUUUCAACAGUACCGCUGAUUCUGAUACUUUACAGAGAUCUACAGAACUAAAAGAAGAGUACAGUUACCUGCAACUGUGUUCAGUUGCUGAUAUUUUUCCACAUUAAUUUUAUGGCAGUUAAAUAAUGAUUUUUAGCAAUAAAUAUACAUUUGUUUAAAUAAAUAAUUUUUAUACCAGAA